UAAGAAUGACUUAUCAAAAAUUCAAACUUCUCUUCUUUUUGCAAAAUUUCAAUUUCAAUGUAAUUUGAACAAUAAGACAGACCAUAAGAACUAAAAGUAACGUUUUCAAAAGAUAAUCGCAAUUGAGUGUCACAAAAAAUUUGACAUUUCAACAUGUACUUAAAUCUUGGCGUAUGUAUGCUUUUAAAAGACUUCAAAAUUACUCGUGUUGAAAAUGUAAAUUUCGAUUCAACGGUAGAGGAUUUCAAAACGAAAGUGGCCGAAGAAGUAAAUUUUCUCAAAGAAAACAUCGAACUCGUAUUCAGUGGGUUACCUCUGUCCGAUUCUUCUACACUGAAAGAUUGUGGUUUAAGAGAAGGAUACGUUGUUCAUGUCUUCCAGAAAAAAGAAAAAGAAGCUGCUCCACCUCCACUUACGGUACCAGAAUCUGAUUUCUUGGAUUUAGUUCACGUGUUUCGAGUAUUGUCAACGAGAAAUGCAUAUCGACGCGUUCUACAAAAACUCAAUAAACCAGAAGUAUUGGAAAAUAUCAUCUCUACAACUCCUGGUCUUCGUGAAGAUUCGACUGCGCUGGUGAUUCUGCAGCAUCCAGAAUUAUUAGCCAAGUUGGGAGAUUCUAACGCAGUACGAAAAGUAAUCGAAGAACACCCUACAUUGGCCAGUGCUGCUCGAAAUUUAGUAGCUGCUGUUCAAAAUGAUAUGCUUACAUCGUCAUCGGCGUCCGCUUCGUCUUCCGUAAAUAAUUCCAGUAAUAAUGUAUCUUUUGUCGUCGGCAGCGAUGACGAAGAAAUGGAAGGCUUAGAACGUGGUUCCGAAAACGAAGACGCCGAGCAUCCUGUAAAUGUGAUAACCACUUCGCAAGUUGCUGCAGCUUUGGCCAAUACUAACGUCAGAGCCAAUCCAGGAAGUGCUAGUUCCAGUAUUACUCCAGAAAUGAUGUCUGCCGCGGUACAGCAAGCGAUUGCCUCUACUAGUUCGAGACCAACGUCAACGCCAACGCCAACGCCUGAAGCUAAUACAGAUAGUGUCGUUACGAUUACCAAAUUAGAAGAAUUGAGAAAACUAGGAUUUGUCAACGAUGCUGUGAACAUACAAGCUUUGCAACUAUCGAAUGGCGAUUUAGAAGCGGCUGUGAAUUUAAUUCUAAGUGGACUGAUGAAUGAUGAAAGUUAAAGUGUUGUAUAAUGAUUUAAUCCCAAGUCUUUUUUCUUUUCUGAAAUCUCCAAGUUUGAAGUUUUUUUUUUUAAAUGUCUUGUUUCUUCCUAGAGUUAAAUCAUGAACAUGAUACGUGUGGUAUAAUUUAAUUUAAUAAUUUUUUGUUACUUUCAACUACAAAAUAAAGUGAUCGCAUUAA